AUGAAAGAUCUAGAGGAUUUUCUAUGGGGUUUCUCUAUUAUUUCUCUUGCUCUAUACUUUCUUCGAAGACUAAGAAAGGCCAUUUCUAUGGCUUCGUUAAGCCUUACUUCUCCUCGAUCUCCUUCUUUGCCUUCUCCUCCUCCUCCUCUCUCAUGGGUUAACCAGUUUUUUCUUGAAAAAAGAAAAGCCCCUUUAAUGAAAGACGAUUCAGAAACAACAGUUCUUUUGCACGAUCAAGAAGGUAGCAUUUCACAAGAGAGUCAAAGGCGUGACAUGAAAAGAAAAGGUUCGCAUUAUGAAGAGAAAAUCAUGCAAGAAACUAUGGCUUAUGAAGCAUAUCAAAAGGGUUUGCAUGACAAGAGCUCCCAAAAGAAUUCUGAUGUUUUGAUAAAGAAAUUAGGGCCUGAUUCUUUGAGAAUAGUAAAGGUUAGUGAAGGAGAUCAUAAUAAGGGUGCUACCAAGCUGAAGAAGAGGCCUGGAAAGCUGGUUUUGCCAGAAUAUUGUCCAAAAGUGGAAUUUGCUCUAGUAGAUAGGAAGUUGGAGAAUAAAGAGUUUCAGGUUCAAGGCAGAGAUUUCUUUCUGGCUAGUAAGAAAGGAAGGAGAGAGGUCAUGGAAGAUGGGUAUGGCAUCAUGAUGGAUAUUUUGGGAGAUGCAAAGCAGGCAUUUUUUGCUGUGAUAGAUGGACAUGGAGGCCGUGCCGCGGCUGACUAUGUUGCUGAAAAUUUAGGAAAGAACAUUGUGAAAGGCCUUCAAAAUGUUGGGUGCAAGGAAGAUGGUCAGUUAGAGCAGGCUAUUCGAGGAGGCUACUUGGUCACAGACAGGGAGUUUCUUAGCCAGGGUGUUAGCAGUGGAGCUUGUGCAGCUAGUGUGUUGCUGAAAGAUGGAGAAUUACAUGUUGCAAAUGUAGGUGACUGUAGAGUAGUUUUAAGUAGGAAUGGGGUAGCUGAUGUCUUAACAAUGGAUCAUAGAGUUAGCAGAGAAGAUGAGCGCCUUCGCAUUGAGAAUUCUGGUGGAUUUCUACAUUGCCGCAAUGGAAUUUGGAGAGUUCAUGGGUGCCUUGCUGUUUCUAGAGCAAUUGGAGACCAGCAUUUGAAAGAAUGGGUCAUUUCUGAACCUGAGAUUAAAAAGGUUCCAUUAACUUCAGACUGCCAGUUCUUGAUAAUGGCAUCUGACGGGCUAUGGGAUAAGGUAAAUGAGCAAGAGGCAGUAGAUGUAAUUUUAAGAGACAAGAAUUCAGUAGAGUCGUGCAAAAAGCUUGUAGAUAUAUCUUUCAGCAGAGGUAAUAUGGAUGAUAUAACUGUUAUGGCGAUAAACCUUCAAAAUUUUGUGACAAAUGGUUGCUAG